CCCCCUCAAGCAGUAAGCUCCAUGUUAGGUUGGUACCCAGCUUUGCAUUCAGCUUGUUUAAAAUAGGAGAAUUGGUACAUUUGGAAUAUCUCAGCAGUUUAAGAAUAAUUAACAGAUACAAUGCCGGUGCAUUCGAGGGAGAAGAAGGAGAGUAACCACGAAGAAAUGGAGGUAGAUUACCCGGAGCACGACGGCAGCAGCUCCGACGAAGAGGACACAGAGAGCUCUUCAGUUUCGGAAGAUGGAGACAGUUCAGAGAUGGAUGAUGAAGACUGCGAAAGGAGAAGAGUUGAAUGCUUAGACGAAAUGACAAACCUAGAGAAACAGUUUACAGAUCUGAAAGACCAGCUUUAUAAGGAACGACUCAGUCAGGUGGAUGCCAAGUUACAAGAAGUAAUUGCUGGAAAGGCACAAGAAUACCUGGAGCCAUUGGCCACUCUACAGGACAACAUGCAGAUUAGAAGUAAAGUGGCAGGGAUCUAUAGAGAGCUUUCUUUAGAAUCUGUGAAGAACAAGUAUGACUGUGAAAUUCAAGCAGCUUUCCAGCACUGGGAGAGUGAAAAAUUGCUUUUAUUUGACACUGUUCAAAGCGAACUAGAAGAGAAAAUCAGAAGACUUGAAGAAGAUAGGCACAAUAUAGACAUCACUUCAGAAUUAUGGAAUGAUGAAAUCCAGUCAAGGAAGAACAAGAAAAAAGAUCCCUUUAGCCCUGAUAAAAAGAAGAAGCCAGUUGUUGUGUCAGGACCAUAUAUAGUUUACAUGCUGCAAGAUCUUGAUAUACUUGAAGACUGGACCGCGAUUAGAAAGGCCAUGGCUACAUUGGGACCCCACAGAGUAAAACCAGAAACUUCUACAAAAAGUGAAAAACAUCAGCACAGCGCCCGAUCAGAAGAGGGAAGGUUAUUUUAUGAUGGAGAGUGGUACAGCCGUGGGCAAACGAUAUGCAUUGACAAGAAAGAUGAAUAUCCUACAAGUGCUAUAAUAACCACCAUAAACCACGAUGAAGUCUGGUUCAAAAGACUGGAUGGCAGCAAGUCUAAGCUAUAUAUUUCCCAGCUUCAGAAAGGAAAAUACACCAUCAAACACUCCUAGUCUUCUUUUUUCCAUCAUUUAAUUCUAAGGGGUAUAAACUGGUGCCAUAAAAUAUAUUGCUUAUCUAUCUCUAUCUAUCUAUCUAUCUAUCUAUCUAUCUAUCUAUCUAUCUAUCUAUCUAUCGGUCUCAAUUAUUUUCAUUGUUUAAAGCUAGUGGAUUUUUUUUUGUUCUCCAUAAUGUAUACUGUGUAUAUUGUAUAUACUGUUGCUCCAGGUGCCAUGGAUAAUUGCAGUUAAAGUGUUGUGUUUUUUUUUUUUUUUUUUUUUUUUUUUUUGACUUGCCGUCUUUCCUCCUCCCUGGAGGAAACGAGAGGUAUUGCAAAUAGCAGUGAGCAGUUUAAUCUGAGUCAUGAAAGAACUCCAAAGCAGUAUUUUCACGGUCAUACAAUUUUUUUAAAAGGGUCAGCAGAUUUAAGAUGGGCUCCAAACAGGAACAAAUAUCAGCAUUUUGUCUUUUUGAACAUGGGUAUAUAAAACAGCCUUAAUAGUAAGCCCAUAUGGUAAUAGCUCAUGUAUGUUACUCUGCAAGCUUAGCCAAUGUAUAUCAUUUUGAAAGGUUCAUUGGAUAGAAGUUAAUGGUUAUUUUAAAGUUUUGGGAAUGGUUCUUAAGGACGUACUUAAGCACUUUAGCUGUGUUUCUGCUACCCAACACUCUGUACUGGAAUCCAUGGCUCUGCUGAUCUAUGUGUGUUACAUUGCAGAUGGAAACAUGUUUUAAUGGGUUAAAUGAGAAUGGUGCCUUAAGAAGGACAGUGGUCUGGCUUGUAUUUGAGCUCUUAAACGGUUAUUGGUGGAAAUAAAGCUUUACAGUCACCUUUGUGACAGUUUUCUGCUGAUAGGAUUCCUGCCAAACCCUCGUCUCUGACUGCUUCACCAGAAUAUGGUCCCUGCUGCCCCCAGGAACCUACUCCUCACUGCAGAGCACUGAGAUUUAACCACCUCACCAAGAACCAUUGCUCUGUUUACCUCAUUGAAUACUGCUGCUAUCAUGGUUCCACAUAAGUAUUUUUCUUUUUUUUUUUUCCUGUUGCUAUUCACCUACAGUAAGGGAAUCAUGAUGAUCCAUGUUUUUUUUUUUUUUCUAUAGACAAAUAUCUGUAUUACUGUGGUAGAUAAGCAAUUAGGAUUUCAUGUAACGUUUCUGUAUUUUAACAAAGGCAGAGGUGACUAUUCCUGCGCUGCAAUUUGAGAAAGUAGAGGAAAAAUCUGCCAAAUUCCAUUUAUACAAGUUUACAAAAGGUUUGCAUUUUCAUAAUGUCUCUUGUCUAAAAUGUGUUACAAAAUAAAUGUAAUGAGAUAUGACAUUGGAGAAACAUUCAAUUUCAAUAUCAGUGUUAAUGGAAGCAAGUUCCACUAAAAGCCUGCAGUAUAAGCCUACCUCUGAAGAAGAUUCCUUAGAAUGGCAGUUUUGUGGAAUAAGAAUUGCUGCUGUCCUCAGAGCAGUGCUGAUGGUGUGUAAAUGUAUUGCCUUUGUAUUGCCUUCCUGUUAAAAGGAGAACUUAACAUCUCACAAAUACAGAUUUAGUUUAUGCAUAAUUAAAUAGUGACUUUGUUAUAUUAAAUUAUUUUCAAUGUAAUAUGCUUCAUUUAAAAUAUGAAGCCACAGCUCUCCAAGUACAAGUGUAUACUGUAUUUCACAGAUACUGUGUUCAAACAGUGAAGUACAGUAGAGUUUAAUAUAAAAGGGAUAAAACAAGUGUGUUUAUUUUUUAAUGUUGAUAAAUAGCUUGUAGUUAUGUUGUGUUAAAGAUUUUAGAAUGGAAAGUUAUAACAAUAUCCAGGAAUGUAUUGUUUCAGAUGGACAAUAUUGAAUGACUUCUAGGAAUAUGAUUGUUAACAGUAGACUUGUGUUAAAGACCAUACAUACAUCAUGGUAUGAAUUUGUACAUACAAUAAAUAAUGUGCUGACAUUCAAGGAUGCUGUAUAAUUAAAAGCAAGCUCACAUUCACCACUCAUUAACCACUGCUA